GGUGUGGGGUUGUGGGGGCUACCUGUGCCUGACCAGUGUGGAAUUGGCCUCAGGCUCAUGGGGCCUUUUGGGGGAGGUGGGGAAGGAGAGCCAGGACGUCCUCUCUGGAGCAAGUGAGUAGAAGAGUGAGGUCCAGUGGAUCCCCCACUGCCAGGAAUCCCCUCAGCAUAGACCCUCCUGGCAGAAGGGCCUGGGGUAGGACUGGCAAACAAUGGGGUUUAGGCACAGGAGGUCUGAGCCCCCAACCUGAUGGCCGUUGGACACCCUUGUGGAUUUAGGAAGGAAGCUGUGGUCCUUAUCUAGGGCCACUACGAAACUCAGGCCAGUGGGGAACCAAGCCUGCAAGAGCCACAUUGCUUUGUGACAGUGAGCCAGGCCCCUUGCUAGUGCUGUUGAAACCCCAUGUGAGGGGACAGUUGGGUCCAUGCCCAAGCAGAGUGUCCUGAGCUGCAUGGGGAUGGGGGGGGUGGGGGGGCAUGGGCUCUGUGCUCCAGGCAGGAAAGGCAGUUCAGUGGGGGAAAACUGAUCCUAACAGGUGGGUGAUGGGUACCCCAGGAUUGGUCAGGUGACAGGCAUGGCCCAAGUGGUCAGAAAGGCUGGGACCUAAAGUGUAAAGAGAAGGAAAGGGCAGGGGAGUUCCUGGGGACAGCCAGAGGGAGUUUUGGGUGGGUUUAAUUAGGGGGUCAUGGUGUCUAGUCUGCAUGUUCUGUCUGAUGGCCAGCCAACCAUGAUGGUGUAGGCUAGGUCCCCUGUUCUGGGGAGGCCAGAGUUGUAGCCAGAGAAAGUGGGGCCAUGACUCUUGGAUUCUGCCCCAGCCUUUAGCCUUCAGCUUUCCUCCAAUGUGGGGCAGGACACCCUGGAACCAUUACCUCUGCUGUCACCUGAGUGAGUCACCUGAGUCAGGUAUAAGGGAUGGUCUCCAGGUGACCUGUGCCAUCAGUCAGAGUUGACCCUGAGAUCCAACCUGGCCACGCUGACCCUGGAUCCUGCACACCAGCCAGAGCUGACCCUGAGCCCCAGGCUAGCUGAGCUGACCCUGGGUUCUGCAUGCCAUCCAGAGAUGACCCUCAGUCCUGGCUCGACUGAGCUGACCCUGGAUCCCGCACACCAGCCAGAGGAGACCUCAGCCCCCAACCUGGCUGAACUGACCCUGGAGCCUGUGCACUGCCGACCUGAGCUCCUGGAUGCCUGUGCCGACCUCAUCAAUGAGCAGUGGCCCCGCAGCCGUGCCUCCCGCCUGCAUUCCUUGGGCCAGUCCUCAGACGCCUUCCCCCUCUGCCUGAUGCUGCUGAGCCCCAGCCCCACACCUGAGGCAGCCCCCAUCGUGGUGGGCCAUGCCCGCUUGUCACGGGUGCUGGACCGGCCCCAGAGCCUCCUAGUGGAGACAGUGGUGGUGGCCCGGGCUCUGAGGGGCCGUGGCUUUGGCCGCCGCCUCAUGGAGGGCCUGGAGGUUUUUGCUCAGGCCCGGGGCUUCCGCCGACUACACCUCACUACCCAUGACCAGCUGCAGUUCUAUGCUCACCUGGGCUACCAGCUGGGUGAGCCUGUGCAGGGCCUAGUCUUCACCAGCCAACGGCUGCCUGCCACCCUGCUCAGGGCCUUCCCCAGAGCCCCCUUUCCCCGGCAACUCUGCAAGGCUUCUAGUCUGACUGCCCAAACUGCCCCAAGAGCCCCCAAGGGGCCAUCAUUGCCGCCACCUCCUCCCCUGCCUGAGCCCUUGACCACCUCACCCCCACCUCCUGCAGGGCCCCCUCCACAAAGCCUGCUGGAGACACAAUACCAAGACCUGAGAGGAUGUCCCAUAUUCUGGAUGGAAAAAGACAUCUGAGGGCUACCCAGGACAAGGCACUGUCCUUCAGGGUUGAUGGACUGCCUAGGACAGUCUGGGCCUCAGCCCAUUGGCCAUACCAUAGUCCCUAGACCCUGGGAGCAGCUUUAGCCUGGCCAUGUUUCCUGAGUACCAGUGGGGCCAGUAGAUGGCUUCAUAGCUGUGGCUCAGAGCUGUCAGUGUGGCUGAAUAAAGGCUUCUGUUGGA